ACUUUGAAUGCCCACCCUGGCGUCAGUUAGAGAAAAAUGCUGAGUCUUUUCUGGGUUUCUCUUUAGCUCUUAACCGUCAUUUACUUAGGGGGGAAAGAAAACAGCCCUUUUAGCUUCAGCUGAGGAAAGGAAACCUGAACAUUUAAAAAAAAAAACGAAUCCAUCAAGUUGGCAAAAUUGGAUGUUUGAACCUGGGAUUUUGAAAAAUUUUUGGAAACAUUUUUGAAGAACUAGCAAGGAUGUUUCUUAAAAUCCAGUUCCUCGUUUUGCUGAUUGGGAGUGUGUCUUUUCAGGUGAUUGCUGAGGAAGAAAGUGCCGUUUUACAGGAAGAUGAAACAGCGACUGGAAGCAGCAACGGCUCACAACCAACUCCGCUACCUACGAAACUACAGGCCUUAACAAAUAUUUCCCACUUUGAAGAACUGAUGACCACAGAAAGUGCUGUGUCAGCUAGCGAAGACAGCGAUAACUCAACAGACCCAGAAGUCCCUGAAAAUUUUGAAGAUGGUUUGGAAACAGCUGCGCUGGUUGGGAUAAUCAUCGGCAUUGUCGUUGCAAUCGGCGUGGUCACCGGGAUCAUAAUCACUGUUGCAAGGAAAAUGUCGGGCAGGUACUCGCCCUAAGAAUCAACAAAGAAGGCAAUAAAAUCAGAAAAUGUGCUUUCCCCUUUCUGAACAUCUCUCCUCAUGUACAGACAAUGGAAGAUGACCCGUGGGAACGGUGAAAUGUGGACUCGCCGCCAGCCCACGGAGAUCCGACACAGUUUCCUGGAGGGAUGCUUCGCGUGCCAAAAAUGAAAAACUGCUCACCUAAAAUAGCUAUAGACAGAAUGGAAAAUUUUGCACAGUUAGGGCCUUCUUUUUAAAAAAAAGGGGGGGGGGUUUCACUUCCAUGAUGCCAUUUACAGGCAAUCAAAAUAGGUUGCUAGGAACAGUUUAUAGAACUCAUGGAGCAAGGUGGUUUCUGCACUUUGCAUGAUGUAUUAUUCUGGUUUUUUUGUUUUUUGUUAAAAAUGAGCUGGAUCCAGCCAGCAUUUUCACUCAGUCCUUUUAACAGCCCCUGCCCUGCAUGGCUUUUGCAUAUGCAAGUCCCGUGAUCACCAGCAUUGCCUUUCCUGGUGUAUAAAGGGGACCCCACUUUCCUUUUCACCAAUAAAAAAGUUGGCUGGAUCCAACCCUAUGGAUAUCUUGUGAUAUAAUACAGAUCCUUACUGGGGAGGGGUGGGGGUCUAAAACUUAACUGUGUAUAGUUUGAACUUUGGAACCUGAACACAUGAAACUGAGAUUCUACAAGAAGAAUAAAUGGUGCAAAAAUG